AUGAUAAAGACGAGAUUGAAGGCCUAUGCAUACAAUAUCAAAAAAUCAACUGUCCAGGCCGAGGGUGGGUGUUAUUCAUUCUUAUUUGUGCGUGUUACUCAGAUUUUCGUAGAAAGGACGGAAUGUGUUUCUGAAUUUAAUAAAGCAAUCCAGGACUACAUUGAUAAGACUGAUGAUGAAGAAGCUUUAAUUGGUGUACACUGCACAAAUGGCGUUAACAGAAGCGGUUACCUUAUAUGUCGUUUUUUAAUUGAAAGGCUUGGUUGGUCAUCGCAUGAAGCGUUAGAUGCGUUUGAACGAGCUAGAGGUUAUCCCAUAGAGAAAGGCUCUUACGUACAAGCAUUACAUAAAGCUGCCAUUGAUAGUAGGAACAGAAGGGAAGCAUCCGAUAGCGAUUCGGAGGAGCAUCGACGUAAGUCCAAGAAGUCGAAGAAGAAGCGCGAAAAAGAUGAAGCAAGUUUCUCUGAUAGCGCUAGCCAGAUGGGUAACAUCAUGCAACAGUUCUUUGCUCAAUUACAGGGUGCCCACCAGGCUGCAGAAUCUGGUAAUGGAUCUGGUUACGAUGGGUCACCAGCUCAAAGUGGUAGCUAUGCUUCGCCAGGCCAACAACAUUGGGCUUAUCAAACAAAGCAGGCGCAAGCCAAAAAUACGCCCAAUACAGAGAGUCCCGUUCAGGAUGAGGAGAUGGAAGAGGGCGAGGACAUGGAAGGCAUCGAGGAAGGAGAAUUUGGACCUGAUCAGCCGCAGGUGAAAUCGACAGCGCAAAAACGUCGCGAUCGACGUCAGCGCAUGAAGAAUAUGCUGUCGGUCAUGAAGCGAGGUCGAUUCCAUGAAAUUCAAGAAAUGCAACGCGAAUUUGUUGCAAGGAGUGGUGGUGCUCAAAUCCCAAAUGCUCCAUUAGUAUUGUUUAGAUAUAACGUAUUUUCGCAAAAGGAUCCAAAGCCAGCUCACUUCAUACCAUCGACUAGUUUGAGACAUGAGAAUCCCUUGAUGUGCAUUGCGGGCAAUAUGGGUAUACAUGUAAUGCCAUUUGAUCUACAACAGCAGCGAAAGCAGUAUCGUGCGCCGUUCAAGGUAAUUGCUCAGCUGUCACCAUAUGUAUCAGUUCGACUGCGAGUUGUGGUAGAAACUGAACUAGUCCAUUUUGUGCAAUGGAAUCCUACUUCUGACCUCUUGGCUCUAGCAUCCCGAAAAGGUGAAGUGAUGGUGAAAAGAAAUGCUUGGAAGCGCUGCUGGAAGGUGAAUGUCUCGGAAUUAACUGCUUUUCCGGAAACUCAGUGCUUAAAGCCAGCAUUGGUCGAAUCUAUGACAUGGUCUCCUGAUGGAGCUGUGCUAGCAGUAGCAAUGAACGAUGGUCACUUGCAUCUCAUCGAAGCCGAAGAAGGGGUAGUGCGAUGGUCUAGGAAUUUGGGGCCGAGUACAUGCGCCCAAAAAAUGCGAUGGUUUUGGAGUGGAAAUGCGCCAUCUACAAAGAUUGAUUGGACUAAAGUGACAGAUAGACCGGUGCUUGAUGAAAGCAAGGCGGUG